AUGUUGCCAGUGAAGGUAUUCUCUGCUAUCUUCAUUAUUUUAAUGAUGAUUGUCCUGGGAGCCAAGGAGGCCGAUGCGGAUUGCCUUUCCGGAAGAUUUAGGGGCGGCUGUGUCGUGUGGCGUAAGAAAAGGUGUGAAGAUCUUUGCAGGCAGGAAGGACGAAGAGGAGGACACUGCAGUCCCAGUCUAAAAUGUUGGUGCGAAGGAUGCUAAAAACUGAUCGAAUGUUUUAUAA